UGUUUUACGUAAAACUCUCAAGAUUAUUUGUGAUAGCAAUAUUAUUAAGAGAUAUAUUAUCAAUGCGAACAAUUUACAAAGUAGGUGUUUUGAUGGCAUCUCGCUUGGAUUCGCCUUUUGAUUUAGAGCGCUGUGGCCCGGCUGUAGACAUUGCAUUAGAGGUUGUCAACAAGAAAUUUCUCGCUCAUCACGGUGUUGAACUUCAGAAAGUACAGGGCAGCUACCCAUCAUGCUCUGGUGCGGUCGCCCCAGGGCUUGCAGCAGACAUGCACUUCAAGGAUGACGUCAUCGCGUUCAUCGGGCCUGCAUGCGCCUUCGCCUUGGAGCCUGUUGCUCGUCUAGCAGCCUACUGGAACACGCCCAUCAUCACUGGAAUGGGAGAUCAGCCUCCGUCAGAAGGAGAGUUAGCUGCACCAGCUAGCGUUGUGAGUCGAAUGCACAGACUGAGGAAUCUGAGGAAGGGAACAAGGCCCCAGACUCUGUUCAACGACAAGGGGAAGUACCCCACGCUGACCAGAAUGUCUUACUGCCAGUGUCGUGUUCCUCGGGUCUUCACGAGCGUCUUCGAGCGGUUCGGCUGGACCCACGUGGCUCUGCUCCUCGACAAGUCUGAUCUGUUCUCUUUGACAGUCGGUAAAAGUUUAGAGUGGGGAUUAAGGAAAGAGGGAUUGUUGAAAGCGGUCAGAGAGUUGGAUGGGAACGAGCGGGAAUCGUGCGAGGCCUUGUUACGGGAUGUCAGUAUGUACGCACGGGUUGUAAUACUAAGCGUGCGUGGUUCGCUGGUACGAGAAUUCCUGUUGGCUGCUCACUCCUUGGGUAUGACGCGUGGAGAAUGGGCCUUCCUGGAUGUGGAGAUAUUUCAGGGGGGGUACUGGGGGGAGACUGGAUGGGCAGCGGGUGACGAACGUGACGCUGCAGCCCGAGCGGCCUACGAGGCCCUGCUGCGGGUGUCACUCAAGCUGCCCACAGGAGACCGCUUUGAUGAGUUCGCAGACAGAGUACGGGCACGAGCUAGGCUUCAUUAUAACUACACCUUCUCAGACGGAGAAGAGGUAAAUUUCUUCAUCGGCGCGUUUUACGACGGCGUGUAUCUGCUUGGUAUGGCGCUGAACGAGACAUUGACAGAAGGCGGUGAUAUCCGGAACGGAAGGAACAUUACGCGUCGAAUGUGGGGUCGAGAUUUUCACGGAAUAACGGGACACGUGCGCAUCGACGCAGUGGGAGACCGGGACGCCGAUUAUGCUAUCCUUGAUUUGGAUCCUGUUACAGGAAAAUUUGAGGUGGUAGCUUUCUAUCACGGACUAAACAGCAGUUAUAAGCCAGUGGCUGGCAAGGCGAUACAUUGGCCGGGAGGUCGACGCGCCCCGCCUCCUGAUAAGCCGAGAUGUGGUUUCCUGGGGACGGACCCGAUAUGCCAGGGUGACAGGUGAGAAUAGAAGCGGAGUUAAAUAAUACGGCGUGGCGGGUCAGACCGGAGGAGGUACUGGUGGAAGUUGCGACGGGCAUUGGAGCCAGCCCCACGUUGCAUAGCAUUAAUGAAGUU